UUUCUGGGGGGAAAUUUGCAAAAUCCCUGUAUAUAAGCGGAAAUUUAUCAUACUUGCACAACAGGUGGGAAAAAGCUGAAAAGAUGGGAGUAAAACUCUUAGUUUUGUGUUUCAUCGUCAGUGCUUGCGCUCAAUAUGUUCGACCACCUAUUCGUCCCGGACGACCGAAGCCUGGCGCGUGUCGGGCGUCUAAAAUAAUCACUACUUGCGAGUGUAGACCGGAGUUUAACCGCUGUAACAAUGACCGAGAAUGUCCAGGCAGACAAAAGUGCUGUGACCAAGGGUGUGGGUGUCGACGGAGGUGUGUGAACCCAGUCAGUAGACCAGACAGACCGGACAGACCAGGAAAACACAUAUCAUGUUACCAGCCAAAAGAGGUGGGACCUUGUAGAGCAGCAAUCCAAAGAUGGUGGUACAACAGACGAACCAAACAAUGCGAGACAUUUAUCUACGGUGGAUGUGGGGGAAAUGGAAACAAUUUUAGGACAAAACGACAAUGCGAACAGCGCUGCAAACGAGCCAGUAGUUGCAUGCGCUCAAAAUGUUCGACCACCUCCUCGUCCUGGGCGACCGAAGAUAGACCGGAGUUAAACCGCUGUAACAAUGACCGAGAAUGUCCAGGCAGAAGCAAGAGUUGUUACCUGCCAAAAGUGGUGGGACCAUGUAGAGCAGGAUUCCGAAGAUGGUGGUACAACAGAAGAACCAAAAAGUGCGAGAAAUUUAUGUACGGAGGAUGUGGGGGAAAUGGAAAUAAUUUUAGGACAAAAAGGCAAUGCGAACGCUGCAAAAGACUCGCACAGGAUGAAAACCAGGGAGAGAUGACAUAUUUUUAUAGUGUUCCUGACGAAAGUGUUGUGACCAGAGAUGUGGAUGCAGAAAAUCUUGUGUUAACCAAGUCCAUACACCAAGCAGACCAGGCAUGUGCUCUGCCAUCACGUAGAGAUCGCCUUGGGCGAAGUAAGGCAGGCACGUGUCCGGUGUCCACCAUUAUAACCACGUGUGAAUGUAGACCGGAGUUUAUUCGCUGUAACAGUGAUAGGGAUUGCCCAGAGAACCAGAAGUGUUGUUCUGAGGGGUGUGGCUGUAGGACGUCUUGUGUGCCUCCAGUCCAGGAACAUUAUUCUAACCCAAUCAAACACGCUCCACCAACAGACAUUUGUUCUAUGCCAGAGGAUGGGGGACUCUGCCUCGGAGCCAUUCCAAGAUGGUGGUACAACAGAGUGACCAAUCGGUGUCAGAGUUUUAUCUAUGGCGGAUGCGGGGGAAACCAAAACAAUUUCAAAACGUUGAUCGAAUGUGCCAACCGCUGCCGGCGAAAUAGUUACCGGCCAGGUGAUGGACUAAGGAUAUGAGCACGAGUGAUCAGAAACUUUACUGCCAAAUGGUUUACCUAUACAAACUAAACAAAGAACUUAAAUGUUAAAUGUAAACAUAUAAAAUGAUCAAACAAAAUAUUCAUACACUAAAGUAGAGUGAUUGUUAUUUUCUUAAUGGCUCUUCAUUUUGUGCAUACAUGUGUUCUUAUGUUAAACAUUGCGCCUCUUUCGCUCUUUUAGUUUUUGAGAGGAUGAUUUGUAAGAUUUUCUAACAUAGCAAGGUAAGCUAAUGUUAAUAAAACAGGCAAUCAACAGUCUAAAGUCAACUUUUCGUACUUUUAUGGUUGAAUCAAGGA